UGACGCUGUGACGCAUAUACACAUUCGUAGAAUAUAUAUCGUGAUCACGAAAUCUUAAACUUGGUAUCUUACUUGCCUUCAAAGCCUUAUUCGGCUAUCUUCCUUCACAUCCUCGUUAAGAGACUUGACUUUAAUACCUCUCUUUUUGUUUCUUUCUACUUUUCUCUCUUUUCUCUCAAUCCUCCGAGAGCAUGCCUGAAUGUCAAGAGAAAGGGAGAGAUUUGAAGAGAUAGGGAAAAAGAUCAAAAGAGAAGCAGAUGCUUGGCCUCAUCAGAUGGCAGGAAUCAUCAGAAGACCAAUGUCGGGUCCUCAUGGGACCCUCAACACCAUUACUCCUUGUGCAGCUUGCAAGCUUUUGCGCCGUAGAUGCGCUCAGGAAUGUCCAUUUUCGCCGUACUUCUCCCCACAUGAGCCUCAUAAGUUCGCAUCUGUCCACAAAGUCUUUGGAGCUAGCAACGUCUCCAAGAUGCUAAUGGAAGUACCAGAAAACCAGAGAGCAGACGCGGCGAAUAGUCUCGUGUAUGAAGCAAACGUGAGGCUAAGAGAUCCGGUAUACGGAUGCAUGGGAGCAAUAUCAGCUCUACAACACCAAGUUCAAGCUUUACAAGCCGAGCUCACAGCCGUACGAUCCGAAAUUCUCAAGUACAAUCAACGAGAAGCUGUCGCAACUUUGAUCGUACCUUCCAACCCUCAAGUCGCCGGUUUUCACAACUCUGGCGGCGUCUCCGUCAUUGCACCACAGCCACAAACACCGUCGACUCCACCGCAACCUACGGCGGCUCAUCCUCCGCCUCCUCCAUCUUCUUGUGUUUUCUCUCAACCAACCACAAGACCAUUAGAAUACGGCGACAUUGAAAGUGAGAACAACUCCUACUUCGGUUAAAGUUUAUUUCAAUCAUUCUAUAGACGCAUACACAUACAUAUAAUUUAUUUCGGUAAUUUGUGGUCGGCGAUUAAUUAAAUUAAAUAAAUAUAAUGGAGGAAGGUUGAUGUUAACAAGCAUGUCAUUAAU